UCCACACGAAAAAUUUGUCUAAAUCACGUGACUAAACUGGCAAGAGAAGGGACAGCGGACAGUGAAUUUCUGACGAAGGUACAACUCUAUUCCGACUUUUCCAGCGGCGCACGGCUCGAAGCUCUGGGUGUAUUUGACGCCCCAUAGGUAGAAGCACACGGCAGUUGAACGGUGACAAUAUAACUACCUACGUACACAUAUAUCUAUACGUGUCGGCAUACACGUAGACAGGCACACGAAUUGGUCCUCGGUUGGACGUCACCCGAAACGCGAAACAGCGACGAGGAUUGGCGACGUCGCGACGCCUUGCAGAUUUAUUUAGAUUUAAGUAUGGACACUAAAGUCGAUGACGAGGGGCAUCGGAGUAUUAACGAUGGUGACUGGAUCUGCCCCGACUCCCAGUGUGGCAAUGUUAACUUUGCUAGACGCAAUUCUUGUAAUCGGUGCGGCAAAGACAGAGGGGAAUGUCCUAAGAAAAAAAAGUUAGGACAAGAGAUCGGCAAAGCUGCUGCGGAGAAAAGCAGGGGCUUGUUUAGUGCGGAUGACUGGCAGUGCAGCAAGUGUGGUAAUGUGAAUUGGGCACGGAGACAGCAGUGCAAUAUGUGCAAUGCUCCGAAAUUUGGUGAGGUUGAGGAACGAACUGGGUAUGGAGGCGGUUACAAUGAUCGUGGAGUUGUCGAGUACAAGGAGCGAAAGGAUGACGAUGAUGACGAAUAUGACGAAUUUGGAAGGCGGAGGAAAAAGCGAAAACUCGAAAGCAGAACUUCCGACGAGGACUCCAAGGACUCAUUUAAAUAUGUCAGCCCACCCAGAAGCAAACCGAAAGAAGAUAUCAAAAUUGAGGAGCUGAAACCAGAGGGAAACAAAGAGGCUGAUAAUGAAGAUGAGGAGGAGGAAGAAGAGGAGGAUGACGAUGAUGGCGAUUUGUCCAAAUAUGAUCUCAGUGAAUGGGACGACUUUGUUCCAACCGAAAAAACGUUAAACUGCAAAGUUACAACCUCGCGAGAUCAACGGUCAAGUCAUUCAACUUUUUACAGAAACGGUGGUGAAAGACUGGACUCUGGCACAUCCAGCCAAUAAAUGGCUGGACAGGACAGGUUUGGUCUGGAUUUUGGGUAUAAACUUGAUUACAAAAGACAAACUUUAUGUCUGAAUUGAUAAAGAGAUUCGCUAUUCGCACUGAUAUCUUUUUUUCUAGAAAACGAUUAACUUACAAAUAAUAAACGGUCUGGCGAAUCUUUUAGAUUGAACAAAAAGUACAAAUGCAAAAUUUAUUUUUUGUUUUCCAGAUGACACAAUACGCGACAAGAGUUGCUGAGUACCGAUGAGCGAUCAUUGCUGUAAGGUGUGGCACAGUGAUUUGAAAAUGGCAACGCCUGAUCCUGUGCCACUCGAAAUAAUGUUAAAAACGAGAAUGAACAGCACAUCCAGCACUCGUUAAUACCAUAGCAGAGACACGUUUACUGGUUGCCACCUCACAAUCAAGUUUGCAGUCUUAGAUAAGCCUUUAUAUCUACUAAAACCAAACCAUUUUAUUCCACCGAGUGAUUUAUGACUUUUUUAUUCUCUUCAUUUGGAUCCUUUUUUCUCAUGAUAACUAUUGGGUCAUCGUCCUGCGCCUUAGAACAUUAUAAAUGCUAAUAUCACGAACUCGAAUUGCUUGAAUCAAGCCAAUAGUACCUAAUUAAAUAAGCGGGGAAUACAAACCCUCCUUGCGAUAUCCCAUUGCAGUAAUGAAGUUGAAAAAAACAAGAUCGGUUACAUAAUGAAAUAUUACAGACCUGUGGUCAAUUUGAUACAGAAUUGCAUAAAACAUAAUUCGAAAUUACUCAAAACGUCGUUUUGAUAAAGAUUAAUUUUUAGUAUUAUUAUAAAUAACGAUCUAUCAACUCGCACACAGUCACAUACAAAACAAUAAAGACAUUUGUCGUUGAUUACAAUGAUGAUACCGUCCCAGUUUACGACACGGGUGAAAAAAAAAAAAAAGAAAAUUACCAUCCGCAGGCAAUUACUAAUUAAAUCCGAUGAUUUAUGUCCUC